AUGGCAAAGCAGUUUUGCCCGAGUUUGUGCAGGAGGUGCGUGGAACCCGGGCCUCACAGCCGCCGUCUGACCCGUAGGCCAGGGCCUGUCGCGGGCUCUCUCCGCUGCCCUUUGUCUUUAAGGAAUUACGAGCGAGCUAGGCCCAGCUUAAUAAACCUGUCGCACCUCUGCAGCUGUUUAGGGGCGCAGGCUCAGCCGGGCAGGCUGCGCGACCUUAAGGGAGUGCUAAAGGGCUUGGGCCGCUGGUGCAGCGCGCAAGAUGGCUCCUUAGGAAGGCGGGUCGCCUUCGCCUACACCAACACCAACACCACGAACCUCGUGGAACCGCUGGCAGCCCGUUGGAGGGCUCCUGGCAGAUGCAAGGAGUGUUAUUAUAACACUAAUGUGUUGUUAGAGCUUGGAGCAGACAACACUUUAAACACUGACUUGAAAACAACCAGAAAUGUAUUGUUUACAAGAGUUGGAGGAGGCGCCCCCGCCCCGUGCCGAGCGGCCCCAAGGCCCGAGGCCUCCCCGCUUACACCCCCGGUGCCCGGAGCACGUCUUCAAGGGGCCGUCGGGGUUGUAACUCGCGACUGGACCUCGGGCCGUGUUGCUAUCCUCGGUCCCCGAGCCCGCCCAGGGGUCUGCACGGCCCGGGUCUGCGCUGCGGGCUUCUCCUGUGGGGCGCUGGGAGUGAGCUCUAUCCCCAAAGCCCAUUUCAACGUCCCAGGUAUGACUACGGCAGGGGCAGGCCACCCACCCUCACCCCCUUCCUCGGCUAGAGCGCCUCUGCUAGGAGCCGACGACCGCGGCCUGACCCCAGGCCCCACCGCCCACUCCCGGCUCCCGCCCUUCCUCCACGGUCAGGGGUCACACCCAGCGGACGCCCAGUUCUCGGCUGCCCCUUUGAUCUCCGAAUUUGGGAGCCAGUGUGUCCGCUUGAGCGUGCACUGCCACGGGCCCUGGGACCCCUUUGCUGCGGCGGGGAGGAGCCCCGACGGCAGGUGGGAAGACCUGGCUUGCCUGCGUCCCCCGCCCCCCAGCUCCCGCGACCCGGGGCGAGGCUCUGAGCCCCUGGGCUUCCCCGCUCCGGUUUUGAGGGAGGGGCCGGGCCUUCGGGCCCGCAGACCCGCCACCGCGCGUGCGCAUGCGCCGGCCGCGAGCCCCUGGGUGCAGGACUGGGCGGCUCCGGCCCGCGCACUUGUCCAGGCGCCGCGGCUUAGUGCGCCCCAACCUCCGGCUCCGGUGGAGAGCUGGGGCGGGACUGAAGCACCGUGUUCAUCAAAGUAUCCCCUCGCCGUCAGCAGCCCUGGCCUCGCAAACGCUCCAGUGCGCUCCGGCGCACGCAGGGACUGGCGCUGCAGCCUCCGGGCCAACGGCACGCGAGCAAAGCUGGUUGGCAAACUGGGACACGCAAUAGAAGUUGGGGCUGCACCGACUCUCGCCGCUUCGGGGGAGGCAUGGGCCCGGGCAGGCCUAGGAGGAAGCUGCACAGCCCGAGGCCCGGGCGGGAGUGGCGGGCCGCGGACAAGGGAAUGUAUAUUUGGAAGGGGUCAGGACCUCGGCUGGAGUCUGGCUUUUUAUGGCGAGGAAGCCGACUGGGAAGGGCCUUCUGGCGAGGCUUUCCUGUUGUGCCACUUUUCCCCGGCAGCGCCGGGCGCGGGGAACGCGGGGCUGCACCGGGGCGGGGGAGGGGGCUUUACCCGGCGGCUCCGAGGACUCCACUGUGGGGUCGGCCCCGCGGGUAGGCCCGCCCAGGAGCCGGCUGGCAGUUGCAGCGGACUGUCACGUUAUGCCGCUGCCACCAAACACUUACUAUAAAUCACUGUCCUGCGCCUCCGGGAGGAUCCGUCGAACCUGAGAGGGGGAGGGGGAUGGGGGUGGGCGCGCAGGAAGCCCCACAGACACCAGGACAUCAGCCCCUCGAGUUCUCUCUGGGAACUUCCAGCACCCGGGCUGUCCCUGACUGUGGGAACCACGGUGGGCCGUCUUCCUCCUAAGCUCUCCCUGGGACACCGGGCGCGCCCCCUCGCCCCUGGGUUAGCGCACACCCCUCCACGCGAUGACCAGCACAGCCGCUGUGAGGCCCGGCCUUGGCCGCAUGUGUCCUUUGCGAGUGAUAAUAAUAAAAAUCACUGGAAUCGCAAGGAAGCCCCUGGCCCCGACUCCGCAGCCGCUGCUGUCCCGAAUGCGCCGGCUGCGGAAAGACCCUGCGGCCGGCCGGAUCCACGAGUGAACACCCGGCUGCAGAGCCGGGCCUACCGGACUGGCGCGGGGCUCCGGGGACAGGCCUCGCAGGGCCCUCCUGCGCACCGUCUGGAACGCCGAUUUUGCCAACUUGGAGGACAAUUUUUGUUUUCACUCUACCAACAGAUUUUUAAAAAUCCAAUGGCCGCUGAAACGUGCUUCUCCCCCACCCCCGCCCCCCGUCCGGUUUGUACGUCUGUAGCCAUUAACGAGCCCCGGCACAGCCUCCGGGACCAAUGACCUGCUUUUAUACUGAAGGAAAUGCGGAGGCCUUAAGAGUUAAUGGCGCUAAAUGUGUUGGUUUUCCUGCUUUUUCCCCGGGGUAGGUAAUGGGAGGGGGGAUGUCCCUCUCUCCACCUCUUCCCUCCCCUCUCUUUCCAUCUCCCUCUCCCUCUCCCCCAUCUCAGGAUCUAAGUCGUCCUCAAAGCUCUCCAAAAAACUCCUUCCUUUCCCAACCUUGAGUACAUGGAACCACAUCCCCACCCCGCUGGAGCCCCUCCCUGGAGCCUCCUCUGCCUCUCUAGGCCCUGCCUGGGGUCCCACCACUUAGGUCAGGCCAGAGGCCUCACUGCCUGGUCCUGGUUCCCGCUCUGAUGCUCUGAUGCUCACUUGCUGGGCUCACAAAUUGCUCUCCCAUGCCCACCCAAGUAGCACCAAGCUGUGUUGACUCAGGGGGUCAAGGAGCAGCCCACUGAGUCCCCUCAGUAGAAGCGGCCUGCAGUGGCAGCUACAGGAGAGGGUGGGGAGUCGAGUCCUAAUGACACCCAUGGGGACCAGUGGGCUUGGAGGGGCCCAUGGACAGCCCAGAGAAAGAAGAUGCUCUUUGGGAGAAAGGGAGGCAUCCUCUGGACCGGGAAGGGGCCGGGGAGAAGCCCCACUGAGGCUUGCCAGGUCACCCUCCCAACCCCAGGCAGGGAGAUUCUGAGCUGGGAGCAAUUCCAGGCCCUCCCCAAGGACCACACAGACCCAGCCUCUUCUCUCUGGCUGUGUUUCCCAGUGUGAGCUCCAGCCUUCUCCAGGACAGGGCCAGGUCUAUGUGCAAGGAAAUUCCAGAUCCUACUGCAUCUCCCAUAAUACGCUCAAUAUGCUGCAAAUUUGAAAUCAGUGAGGGAAAAAAUCAAGUAAACAACCAAAAAAAUAAUAUAAACCAGAGGGUUUCUUUGGGGCAGGGUAAGACGGGAAAGGAGCACAACAAAGCUCUUAAAUUGAGCCUUAUGCUCUCGCGCUACUUUGGUUUCCAAGAAGGUGGAUAUGGUACAUUCUGCUCAAUUUUCCACUCGUAAUCACGUUGAGAAGGUUGGUGGAGAAGCUGCUUUCAUUUUCCUGAAUGGGUUUUGGAGCUGGAAUUCAUUUACUUAAGUAUUGUUUCUUUCCCAGCCGACUAGGACCUGGAACCUGCUGGUCAGGCUGCUGUGUGGCCACAAGUCUGUCCAGGCCUGGGUGCAAGCUCGGCAUCAGGGCUGCAUCCGGCCCAUCCCCCAGAUGGUGCAGUGGAGGGUAGGCAUGCAGGCCCCGGAGCUGGGCUGGGAGUGGGGACAUCCGGGAGAAACUUUGGGGCCCCACAGCCUUCUGUGGGGGCAGGAAGGGAGAAGGAUGGGGAAAAGUGACAGAGACAAAGAAACAGAGACACAAAGACGCACAGAGCCUAAUGGUUACGGUGGAUUCCCACCAAAAAGGGGGAGAUGGGUUAAAAGGGGGUGGGAAAUCAAGGCCACAGAAGUUCCAGACAAGAAGAUAGAGCCCCAGUUGCAAAGGAAGACAUUCGGUUAAGGUGGGAGGGAAAUCGUCAAUAAUAAAAGCUCUUUGCAGGGAACAUUUUGACUUUGUUAUAAGUGGAAAUAGGAGAUUUCAGAAAGUGGGUUUUCUGAAGCUGGCAUUUAGGACCCCAUGGCAAAUCUCAGUGGGUUUCUCUUCCUGCCUAAGUGGACAUUGUCAGAAUAAAUUAAACUUCCCUGUCGGGAACUCUCCUGAGCUCCCCUCUCAGAUUGGUGGGGGGAAGACUCUGACACAGUCUCUUGGUCCCACACCCCAAUCUCUCUGCUUGGCUGAACAAUGGCUGCCCGCACACAAUCAUAUUCUGUCCCGCCUGGCCAGCUUUAUGACUUGGCCACCAUCAAUCUUGUCCCUAACACGACAUUUGUUUAUGACGGGUGGGAAGGGCUAAUGGCUUCAUGAACUGUCCGUGAAAUGCCUAUAGUGGAGAAGGCCCUGCAAUACCAGGCAGGCCCAAGGAGCAGGGGACCUGAGCUAAGCUCUAAAGCAAACGGCCCCGGGGAGGGGGGGGCCUAACAAAUGAGAGCCCCUCUCACAGAGCUCUUAGAGGUGGGGCAGGAGUAGAGGUAAACUGUCACUCCAACUUGCCUUGCUUUGGGUGCUGCUAACAGCGUCAGAGAACACUGGUGUGGGUGCCUGAGGCCUGAUCAAGUAUGGACACCUCUUGUCCCUCCCAGGCAAUCUGUCCCAGCAGCCUCAACCUGCAGAGGGUUCAAAAUCUCUUGGGUUUUGCACCAUUAAGAACAAAACUAAUGACAUUCCACCUUAAAAACGGAGACCCUUCCUGCCCUAUGUCCUUUACUCGCCUAUCAAAGUUAGGGAGAGCCCAAUAGGACUAUAAGGCACUCUUGUUUCCUGACCCUUGUUUCUGACCCGCAGGAAACAGCCAGGAGCUUGCAGGCCACCAGUACAAUCGAGCCUUAUUCCUUUGCAAGCAUCGAUUAUUAAUGACACAAAUUUUGUGGAAUAAUAAAUUGUAAAACGCAUGCUUGUUUGCACUCAGUCUGGUGAAAAAGGUCUGCUAACUACAUAACCCUGGAAAAUUCAGCACCGGUUCCUCCCACACGUGCAACACGCCAAAUGCAAGACUGCAUAUGGCAUGUGGCAUGCUGGCAUUUAUGUACUCAUGGCAUAAAUUGCUAUUAAAAUAAAUGUGCCCAUUUCUACAUAAAGGACAAAAUACUUAUUCUCCUAAAGCUUUUUACAGAGGCUAUUUUAAAAACUAGCCGAUCCCCCGCCAUGGAUCUGGAUUGCUGUCACAGCUAAUUUCAAAAUGUACUGGCUAUUAGUUAAAGUAUCAAGGAGUUCUUCUUAGAAUAUUUCACAGGAAAAUUAUCCUUAUUCCUAAAACAGUACAAACCAAACUUUCAGACCUCUAAGGAAUAAAUUGUUCCACGUUAAAUAAGGUUGGCAGGAGUUGGUUUUCUUAAAUCGGAUGUGAGAAUCGAAAAGGUAAUGUACUGGUAGUAGGAGACGUUACAUAGAUGUGGUUUUUAAAAUCCGAAUAAUGAGCAGAACUUCUCUCCUUCCACUCAGCAUAGCUUCUAAACUUGCACAGGCAACGAGUGCAGAAAUGACUACGUCAUGUAUGUUUCACACAAACACCUUCUUAGACACAUGUAUGUUUCAUGCCUAAUUUUCAAACAUUCGAAUAGACGAGGGUAAAGCAAGUUGCUAAGCAGCUUUCCUGGAGCACGCCUGGAAACAUUCUCGACCUGUGGGCCAGGGGCUCCUCGCCGACCGCAGAAACCGAAGCACCGCGCUUCACCCCAUACCCGCUUCCUCUCCUGCAGCUGGGACUGGAGACCCGCAAGGAAGGACAGGGGCUGCUUGUGGCCCACUCCCAGGCAGGCCAGACUCGGAAGGGCCCCCAGCCAGGAGCAAACGGACUCUUUCCUUCUCCCAGGUCACCCCAGCAGCUCGCUCCCGCCGCUGGGAACGGUAGGGAAAGCC